AUGGACAUGAACGAGAGCAACGAGAAAGGGAUGGAGAGCAAUGCCUCCUCCGGCGCCGGCAUCCCGGUGGAGUGGCAGUGCCAAUUCAGCGCCGCCUACGCGUCGUGCCCGCCGGCGCAGCAGCAUGCCCCUAUGAUGGACUCCUUCGCGUCGGCCGGCCUGUGGGCGUCGACCUCCCAGGCCAUGGCGUUCUCGGACGUCAGCACCAUGUCGGCCGCGCGGGGGCGCGGUUUCUUGGCGCCGGUGCCCGGGUUCCUCCCGCAGAGCCUCGGCCACUUCCCGGUGGAUUCGGGCUUCAUCGAGCGCGCCGCGCGGGCAUCGUGCUUCGGUGGCGGCGGAGGGGUGAUGGGCGCUUACGCCGGCUUCGGUGCAGCUGAUCAGACCAUGAACAACGCGUUCAGUGGCUCCUCGGAGGCGCUCUUAGAUCACCAAAGGAAGAACGGCAACGAGAAGGCCGAGCCGGAGCUCGGCCGGAACGGCCACGACGACGUGCCGAGCUCGGAGGUGGCCGGUGGAGACUGCUCGUCCAAAGGGACGUCGGACUCCAAGAAGAGGAGAAGGCCUAAUGAGAUGGGAGCCGAUCAGGUUCAGUCUUCCCACUUGCCUGCUGAUUCUGCAAACGAGAGCGUGCAUAGCAAAGACAAAGGCGAGGAGAGCAGCCCGGCAACGACCACCGGCAAGUCGAAAGGGAAGGGAGCGAAAGAGACCUCCGAGUCACAGAAGGAAGAGUACAUUCAUGUCCGAGCUCGGCGCGGGCAGGCAACCAACAGCCACAGCCUUGCAGAAAGGUUGAGAAGGGAGAAGAUAAGUGAGAGGAUGAAGCUUCUGCAAGACCUUGUUCCUGGCUGCAGCAAAGUCACUGGAAAGGCGGUAAUGCUUGACGAGAUCAUCAACUAUGUUCAGUCCCUGCAAAGACAAGUUGAGUUCUUAUCGAUGAAGCUCGCCACAGUAAACCCAAGGCUUGAUCUCAACAUAGAAGGGCUUCUGUCAAAAGAUCUGCUUCGCUUUCCUGGGGUCUCUUCAUCUUCCAUCGGAUUCUCGCCAGAAAUGAUGCACCCACAACUACAGCUAUCGCAGCCAGGCCUGAUUCAAGGGGGUGCUGCUGGCAUGGCCAACCCAGAUGUGUUCCGAAGAAUCAUACAUGCACAGCUAGGUGCAAAAGAUGGAUCACAGCAGAUGCCCCACGCAUUGAAUGGGUCAUUCAGUGACGUUACGCAGAUGGCGUACCCGUCCCUGGGCUCACAGGACUUGAGCAUCAGGCCAUCGCAGGAUGGGUUUCAAAUGUGAAGAGCAGGCCACUUGCACAUACGAGCAAAGUUUCCAUCUGAUUCAUGGACAGGCAUGCAGGCAGGCACAGGCACAUAACUGAUGCUGCUACUGCUGGAGUUGCAGUGCUAGCUCAUCGCGUUACUGAAGCCUUUAACUGCGUCAUGGCUGUGUAUCGGCCGGUUUUUUGUUGUGUUCAGAAAUGAAAAGGCUCGAGGAGCCCCACAGAAGCGCGCGCUGGAAUGAAUGAAAAUCUGCGGCCUGGUCUGGAUGGUUGGAAAUUCUGUCUGGGUUAGUGCAUUCAUAGCGCACAGUGCAGCAACAAUGGUUGUGUCUGUAGCGAGCAAAUGAACUGCUGUGCAGGAUGUAAUGCAAAGAGCCUUGUUAAGUUCGUUCCAUUGCUUUGUUUCAGGAUGCAAAAACACUCCUAAACCGGGGGCGUUGUUUAUGUUAAAAGAUCAAACAUUUGAC